AUGCCUUCCACUACCGAGAUCAGAUUCAAGAAGCACGGCGCCGCUGAUGCUGGCGGCCGCAAGAAACGCAAUCACAAUAACCGCGGCCCUAUGGAGCAUUUCCCUGGUCUGAUGACCAAGGCAGAGGUCGACAACUGGUUUGAAGAGGCCAAGAAAAUGCCUUUGAACACCUUCUUCUCCGAGCCCGCCGAUACUGCCGAGUCUGCCGCUCCCAAGGCAGAGCCUGUGAUUCCCCUCGGCAUGCGCGGUUCCAUGCACAAUUCUGCCAACAACGGCAAAGCCUCUCCGCCAAAUGCUGUGGCCGAAUCCCCGAAGGCCGACGAAAGGGCCAUUACCGACGAGGCUGCUUCCAAGCCUAUUUCCAAGACGACCACCACCGCCUCCCUCAAGGCUGAGGCGUCCCCCAAGGCUCAAAGUCCCAUCGCCGGAAAGGGCUUUGGUCAGCAUGAGACCAACAACGGCAUCAUCACGGCUGCCCCCGUCGUCGGCCAAAAGAACGGGACCAUCAAGCCUUCUCGGGCCGUUCUCCUGGCUGAGGAGAGUCUCGCUGCGGCCGAGGCGAUCAGAUGGGCCGCCCAGAAGAUGCUGCAGGCAUCUGAGGAUGCCGUCAAGGCCGCGAAGGCACAGUUACUGCUUGCGCAGACCCAAGCGCAAUAG